GAGAGGCCUUGGAGAGGGCAGAGGAGGCCUCAGUGACUCUUCCUGAGAGGGACCUAGCCUGGGCAGAGGCCAAGAAUGUGAGGGGGAGAGAGAGAGAGCAUGAAGGUCUGACUGUUGGUUAGAUUGCCACAGGGACCAGCAGCUGACUCAACUGGGCACGCCAAGACAAGCCAGUCUGUCCUCACCCCGCCCCUUGGGGUACAUGAAGGCUGCCUGGGGAGCCUAGGUACUUGCUGUGUAUCCUAAGGUCUGAGUCUGGCACCCUGGCCAUGUGCAGCCCUGAGGAGGAGGCCUUGCUACAGCUGGAGGAGGUCUUCUCAGUCACCCUUGACCAUAUCAACAACCUUGUCCUCCAACCCCUUCUCAAGGCUGCUGCAGAGCCCUCAGACCCCUGGGGCAGAGAGUGCCUAUCCCUCCUACAGCAGCUGCACAGGAGCUCCAGGCGGCUGUGGAAGGUGACGAAGGAAAGCCUGCACUCACUGCAGGAGAGGCUGCACCACCCAGACUCCUUUGGUCUGGAAGCCCUAUUGCUGCUGCACAGCGCUGACCACAUCCUGCAGAUCCACAUAGAGUACAUCGAGUCCUACACAAGCUGCGUGGUGGUAAAUGUCUUUCAGAAGGUAGCAAAGAGAAGGAGCGAGUACUGGCGGGCCCAGCGGAAGGUGCUGCAGCAGUUCCUGUCAGGCAUGAGCUCAGAGGGCUCGGUGGGCACAGUGCUGGUCCAGGCCCUCCACCAGCCCCUCGCCCAUCAUGUGCAGCAGUAUGUGUUCUUCCUGCUGAGCCUUGGGGACACCAUUGGAGAGCAUCACCCCUCCCGGGAGCUGGUGGUACAUGCAGCUGAACUCUUUGGGAACCUGCAGUCCUUCAUGAGUCAGGAGCUGGACCAGGCCAUGGCCACACAGGCUCUCCGGUACACCCUGAGCAGCCGGGUGGGGGAUGUGCUUUGCACCCCAAGUCGCCGACUCUUGCAAGACAGCCAGGACAUACCCGUGACAGUCACCCCACUGAGGUCAGAGCGUGUGCUGCUCUUUGAUGAUUCCCUCGUCCUGCUGCAGGGCCACAGUGUCCACACCUUUGAUCUGAAGCUGGUGUGGGUAGAACCUGGGCAGGACGGGUGCAUGUUUCACCUCCUCACGCCUGAAGAAAAGUUCUUCUUUUGCUCCAAGGACCCUCAGGGCCGGGUGGUCUGGCAGUGGAAGGUUACUCAGGCUGUGUGCCAGGCCUUGCGUGGGAAGAAGGACUUCCCAUUGCUGGGUGCAGGCCUGAAACCUUCUGAACCCCCCUCCUGCCGCUGUGGAGCAUACACCUUCCUCUCGGAGGGCCGCUUCUGCCAGGCCACCUACGAGGGCGAGUGGUACUGGGGCAAGCCCCAUGGCAAGGGAACCCUGAAGUGGCCAGAUGGGAGGAAUCACGUGGGGGAAUUCUGCCAAGGCCUGGAGCAUGGCUUUGGCAUCCGCCUGGUACCCCAGGCCUCUGAGGACAAGUUUGAUUGUUACAAGUGCCACUGGCGGGAAGGCAGUAUGUGUGGCUAUGGUAUCUGUGAGAAUGGCACCAGCGAGGUGUACAAGGGCUACUUCCAGGAGGGUCUGCGGCAUGGAUUUGGGGUCCUCGAGAGCACCCCACAGGCCCCUCAGUCCUGCAGGUACACAGGACACUGGGAGAAGGGCCAGAGGAGUGGCUAUGGCAUCGCAGAGGACAGUGACAGGGGUGAGCGCUAUAUUGGCAUGUGGCAGGCUGACCAGCGUCAUGGACCAGGGAUCAUAGUCACCCAGGCGGGCGUCUGCUUUCAGGGGACUUUCCAGGCGGACAAGAUGGUGGGCCCAGGGAUUCUUCUCUCCGAAGAUGACUCCUUGUAUGAGGGCACCUUUACCAGGGACCUGACCCUUCUGGGGAAGGGCAAGGUCACCUUCCCCAAUGGCUUCACCCUGGAGGGCUCUUUUGGCAGCGGGGCAGGAAGAGGAUUGCACACCCAGGGUGUACUGGACACAGCUGGCCUCCCUCCAGACCCAGGCAGCACUCAGCCAUGGAGGCAGCUGGGUCUGGGCGCCUUCCCCGUGGAGAGCCGCUGGCAGGGCAUCUGUGGCCCCUUCCAGGACUUUGUUCGCGCUGGCUGCCCUGGGGACCUGCAGGAGGCCCUUCUCGGCUUCCACGUGCAGAGCUCAAAGGAGCUGCGCAAGUCCCAGGAGUAUCUGUGCUGUGAGAGGACCCACCCCGAGGACCACACAGGCAGAAUGGAGGACAUCCUGGAGGAGCUGCUGCAGCACCGGGAGCCUGAGGCCCUGCAGCAGUGCCUCAGGAAGGCUCUGAGGAACUCACUGCACCCCCUGGGAAAGCUGCUUCGGACCCUGAUGCUGACCUUCCAGGCCACAUACACAGGCAUCGGAGCCAACAAACACCUGCAGGGGCUGGCACAGGAGGAGGUGAAGCAGCAUGCCCAGGAAAUCUGGGCUGCCUAUAGGGGUCUGCUGCAGGUUGCCUUGCAGCGCAAGGGCCAGGCCUUGGAGGAAGCUGAAGAUGCAGAGACAAGGGACCUGCAGGUGCAUGGAUUGGUGCUACCCCUCGUGCUGCCCAGCUUCUACUCAGAGCUUUUCACUCUCUACUUGCUUCUUCAUGAGAGGGAGGACAGCCUGUACAGCCAGGGCAUCAUCAGCCUGAGCCUCUUCCCCGACACCAAGCUGCUUGAGUUCCUGGAUGUGCAGAAGCACCUAUGGCCCCUCAAGGACCUCACUCUGACAACCAAUCAGAGAUACUCCCUGGUUAGGGACAAGUGCUUCCUGUCAGCCACUGAGUGUCUGCAGAAGAUGAUCACCACAGUGGAUCCCCGGGAGAAGCUGGAGGUACUGGAGAGGACCUAUGAGGAAAUUGAGGCCACUGUGUCACGAGUGCUGGGCCAGGAGCACAAGCUGCCCAUGGAUGACCUGCUGCCACUGCUAAUCUACGUGGUGUCACGUGCCCGAAUCCAGCACUUGGGAGCUGAGAUCCACCUGAUCCGUGAUAUGAUGGACCCCAUCCACACAGGAGGCCUGUAUGACUUCCUGCUCACAGCCCUGGAGUCCUGUUAUGAGCACAUCCAGAAGGAGGACAUGAGGCUGGACCGCUUGCCCCGCCGCUGGGACCUCAGGGAGCCAUGGUAGCUCAGCUUCUCCUGGACAAGCUGCAGAACUGAGAGGGGCAGCCAUGGAGUUCCUGUGGAGCAAGCAUGGCCCAUCGUGGUCCUUGUGGCCCAGGAGGCAGAGGCAGGAUGGGCCCUGGAGGAAGGCCUUGGAGGGCAUGAGCAUUUAGUUUCUGACCUGACUGGGAUGAGGGUGAGGCCGACUGGUGUGGCCCCUGAGCUGGUGGUUUUCUCCCCCACCCAUCCCCUGCCACUCUCUAGGCCACCCUUGGGUGGCCUCCUUGACCUAUAGCAGCUCAUAGGCUUGCCUGGCCUUGCCUCUAGGUUAUCGAGCCUCUCUGGGCCUCAGUGCUGCCAUCUGUACCAUGGGGACUAGGUGGUCUGUAAAGGCCUUCCAUUCAUCUUGCUGAA